GCCCAUCCCAGCGGAGCCACACCGAGCCCGGAGUCCGGGUGCCACCGCCAUCUCGGCUUCUGUCCAGGUCGGAUCCCAGGAUCCAGGGUGCUUGCUGCUAGAAAGAGACCCAACUGAGGACUCCUUUGGGAAACAACAGGUGCACAUCUCUGAAGUAAGAUGAUCUAUCAAAAUUUUUAUGUGAUUUUCUUAUAUUUGGGAUGUCUUUAUGUGAUAACUGCAUUUAAUUUGGCAUAUCCAAUAAAUCCCUGGAAAUUUAAAUUGUUCUGCAUGCCACCAAAUAUAACCAACUGCAUCCUCUUGCCUGAUGGAAUCUCAAAGGACACAUCAAAUGUGAGUGGAGAUUAUGAGGCAACUGAUGGAGCUGGGUUUAAUUCUAGUGGCAUCUACAUCUCUAACGUAUCCAACACAACUGUUCACUGUUACUUUGGGAGUGAGCAAGAUAAAAACUGCUCUUCAGGUGUGGAUAACAAUGAAGCAGUUGAUCCAACAGCCAAUUCUUCAGCUUUGCAAAAACUAGGUGCAAAUUGGAACAUACAGUGCUGGAUGAAAGGAGACUUAACAUUGUUCAUAUGUUCUUUGGAACCAUUGUUUAAAAAUCCAUGCAAGAAUGAUGACCUUAAGGUCAAUCUUUCAUAUAUUUUGCAUGGAGUGAUAGAAGAGCUGCCUGUGGUCCCCCAGACAGACAGUUUUCAGGCUGUGCAGUGUAGCUGUAGAGCUAAGGAAUGCUGGGAAUGCCACGUGCCUGUCUCUACAGCCAAACUCAACUCUACUCUUCUUAUGUAUUUAAAAAUGACAUCCAGUGGCGUAACAUUUCAAUCACCUCUCAUGUCAGUUCAGCCCAUAAAUGUUGUGAAGCCUGAUCCACCAGUGGGUUUGCAUAUGGAAGUUACAGAUGAUGGUAAUUUAAAGAUUUCUUGGUACAGCUCAAUCUCAGUUCCAUUUCCACUUCAGUAUCAAGUGAAAUAUUCAGAGAAUUCUACAGUUAUAAGAGAAGGGAAUGAAGUUGUGUCAGCUACAUCCCUUCUGGUAGACGGCGUGCUUCCUGGGUCCUCCUAUGAGGCUCAGGUGAGGGGCAGGAGGCUGGAUGGGCCCGGAGUCUGGAGUGACUGGAGUUCGCCUCGUGUCUUUAUCACUCAAGAUGUCCUAUACUUCCCAGCUAAACUCUUGACAAGUGCUGGGUCGAAUGUGUCUUUUCAAUGCGUCUAUAAACAUGCAGACCAGUUUGUGUCUUCUGCAAAGAUUGUUUGGUGGAUGAAUUUAGCUGAGAAAAUCCCUCAAGGUCAAUAUACGGUUGUGAGUGACCUUGUUAGCAAAGUCACUUUCCCCAACGCAAAAGCCACCAAACGCCGAGGGAAGUUCACAUAUGACGCAGUGUACUGCUGCAGUGAGCAGGAGUGCCACCACCGCUAUGCCGAGUUACAUGUGCUCGAUGUCAAUAUCAAUAUAUCAUGUGAAACUGAUGGGUACUUAACUAAAAUGACUUGCAGAUGGUCAGCCAAUCCAAUCCGAUCACUUGUGGGAAAUUCUUUGCAGUUAAGAUAUCACAGGAGCAGUCUUUAUUGUUCUGAUAGUCCAUCUAUUCAUACUGUAUCUGAGCCCAAAGAUUGCUAUUUGCAGAAGGAUGGCUUUUAUGAGUGUGUUUUCCAGCCAAUCUUUCUAUUAUCUGGCUACACAAUGUGGAUUAGGGUAAACCACUCAUUAGGUUCACUCAACUCCCCACCAACAUGUGUUGUUCCUGAUUCUGUAGUGAGACCGCUUCCUCCAUCUAGUGUGAAAGCAGAAAUGACAGUAAACAUCGGAUUAUUGAAAGUAUCCUGGGAAAAGCCACUCUUUCCAGAGAAUAGUCUUCUGUUCCAGAUUCGAUAUGGGCUAAGUGGGAAAGAAAUGCAAUGGAAGAUGCAUGAGGUGCAUGAUGCAAAAUCAAAAUCUGCCAGUCUCCCAGUGCCAGACCUGUGUGCUGUCUAUGCUGCUCAGGUGCGCUGCAGGAGGCUAGACGGCCUGGGGUAUUGGAGCAAUUGGAGCAAACCAGCAUACACAGCUAUCGUGGAUGUCAAAGUUCCCAAGAGAGGACCUGAAUUAUGGAGAGUAAUUAAUGGAGAUGUUACUAAAAAAGAGACAAAUGUCACCUUACUUUGGAAGCCACUGACGAAAAAUGACUCACUGUGCAGCGUGAGGAGAUAUGUGGUAAAGCAUUGUACUUCCCACAAUGGAACAUGGUCAGAAGAUGUGGGAAAUCACACCCAGCUCACUUUCCUGUGGACAGAGCAAUUGCAUACUGUUUCCGUUUUGGCCAUCAAUUCCAUUGGCGCUUCCUCUGCAAAUUUUAACCUCACGCUCUCACGGCCCGUGAGCAAAGUAAAUAUCGUGCAGUCACUCAGUGCUUAUCCUUUAAACAGCAGUUGUGUGAUUCUUUCCUGGAUGCUAUCACCCAAUGAUUACAACCUAAUGUACUUUAUUAUGGAAUGGAAAAAUCUCAAUGAAGAAGAUGAAAGCAAAUGGCUUAGGAUCCCUUCAAAUGUCAAGAAGUAUUAUAUUCAUGAUUAUUUUAUCCCCAUUGAGAAGUAUCAGUUCAGUCUUUACCCAAUAUUUGUGGAGGGAGUGGGAAAACCGAAGAUAAUUAAUAGUUUCACCCAAGAUGAUAUCAACAGACACCAAAAUGAUGCAGGUCUAUUUGUAAUUGUGCCCAUAAUUAUUUCUUCUUCUGUCUUACUGCUGGGGACAUUGCUAAUAUCACACCAAAGAAUGAAAAGGCUGUUUUGGGAAGAUGUUCCAAACCCCAAGAAUUGUUCCUGGGCACAAGGACUUAAUUUUCAGAAGAGAACGGACAUUCUUUGAAGUCUAAUCAUGAUCACUACAGAUGAACCCAGUGUUCCAACUUUCCAACAGUCCAUAGAGUAUUAGAAGAUUUUUACAUUUUGAAGAAGGGGAGACAAUUUAAACAAACAAACAAAAAUAAUGGUUGAACUAUCGAGAACUAACAUAUACUGUACUUAAAAGAGACAUGUAAAUUUGGAGUUCUGCUAUAGAUUUGAAUCUGGCUUAGUUGGGAUGUAGAGAUAAUUUUCAAAUUUACCUGCAGCUUGAAAGUGAUAUUGAUGGUUUCUGGAUUUGAGAUUUCAUUUCUUAAUCAUAAAAUAUUAAAAAAAUAUGACUGUUGCUGUCAUAAAACAUCCAUUAGGUAAGCUGUAGCUGGGGGAACUCCAAAACUGUAACUUCUGAUACGUAUCCAUAAAAAUAGAAUAACUCCAACUACGGAAUGCAGUGAAAGUAUUUAAAUUCUUAUGUCCCAAAAUUUCCACGUUAAAUUACUUUAUGAACACUUGAACCUACAAGUAGAUCCAUGUGUGUGGCUUUUUUUAGUGUCUUAUAGCUUUUUUAUAUCUCACUUUGAUCAGUCUAGACAUUUUUGUUUUCAAUAGCCUUGAAAAAUGGCAUUAUAUGAUGUUUGAAGAAAGCCAGAUGUGGUCUGUGCUUGUCCCAGAGCAGUGGAAGUUACAGUUCUUAUAAGAAUAACUCUAUAUACUCAGGUCAGAUUGUCCAGAUCAAAAAAGAACAUCAGCCUCCAGUCCAGUCUUCUUGUGCAAUUCCUGCCUAAAUUUAAUUUGUUUCCAUUGAACCACCCCAGUCUUUUGGCAGGCAGGAAAGCAUGUAGUUAGGCAAAGAAGAGAGAUUAUUUAACGUUUUUACAAAUAGUUCUCAGUGAUGACUCUUACCUUCCAAAAUACCACUUGCCAGAAUACAAUCGCCAUAGUAACUGUGUUCUAUUGCUCACAAUCAAACAAAACCAAAUUUCUGAACCCAAAUGAUAUUCAACUUUAGCAAAUACAUGGAUCAUUUAUAUUAGAUUUAUUCAUUGUUUUAUUUGGAUGGGAAAAAGACCUCAGAGGAAUGUGUUUUUCUCCGUUGACUAUUAACAGAUGUCAUUGGGAUGUAAAAUCCAAGUGUGAAAUUAUAAAAAAGAGUUUUAAUUGUUACCAGUUGAAUGAAUGUUUAAUAGGUUCCCUGAAAUUAAACAGAAUGAAAUAUUUAAGAAUUUUUUUUAUCUUUAAGUAGUUGUACAAAAAGGAUAUGCCAUUUAACAAAGCAGUUUACAAAUGCAAUGCAUCUUGAUUAGUGUCAUGCCAAGUGAAAUGUUUUUUGAAUAAACAUACUUUAAAUAGUGUUGUGACCCUUGGCAAAAUAUAUUUCAGUAAUGUAAGGCUUUGUUUCUUAGUGAAAGUUUCCAUUGGAAUGCUUUGAAGAAAUAUACAAUAUUUGAUUCCAACAAUUAUUACUCAUUCUUGAGGUUUUUAGGGAACACAAAAUGUAACAAGUCAUUUGAAGAACAUUUGUGAGCUGGACUGUAUAUUGUGGGUGAUUUUUGUGCAUUUUUUUGUUUUCCUGUUGAUAUAAGUCUAAUUUCUUUAUUUGAUAUUCGUAAUUUCUAAGUUCUUUUGACAUUUUAAAAUAAUUUUAUGCACAUAUAAAUAGCUGAACCCUUUAGGGAAAAAAGGCAAACAAGCAAAUAUUUGAAGGAGAUUAGAAGUCUCUAGACUUCUGUCAGAAAGUAGGCAUAUAAACUAUUUACUCUUCUUAUAUUAUACUGAUAGAAUAACAAAAAAUAUAUUAACAGUUUUUGUUACCAUGCAAUAUUUUAAUACUUAUAUUAAUAUAUUGCAGUAUAUUUUGUAUAUUUAUUCCUUUUUGUUUUAAUUGCUAAUAUAUUUCAUUUAAGAGUUUCAAGCUGCUAAAUAAAUUGUAUUUUUGUAUGGAAUACACUUGCCAUUAUGAAGAACAGUAGAGAAUGCCAUUAUCUCAGGCAAUAAGCCUGAACUAUAAAGCUUAAUAAUUGUUAUGCUAUUGUUAGCUUGAUAAGUCAUGCUAUUAGCUUAAAGACUUGUAAAAUUCAAAAGCUAAAAUGUAUAUGUGAUAUAUAAACUGAACAUUUUUCCUAUCUAGUGUUAAUUUUUCAAUGUGAUGUACCCAUAGCAUUUUUUAUUUUGUGUUUAUUUUUUUCAGCGUGUUUCUAUUGUAUGAAUUGAGUUUUUCUGCAAUCAAGUUGUUGUUUUGUAGCUUCUUGGCAGGAUUUUUGUUGUGAUGUAACCAUCAUUCCUAUAAUACAUAUGAUGUACAUUU